AUGGGGGAGGGGGAGGUUGCAAACGGGGCGUGGGGGGUCUUGCAGACAGGGUGGGACAUGGUGUGGGGCCAGACGGGAGAAGCCCGACGCACCUCGUUUCCGCACCGUCGUGCUACCAGGCACACAUACGUAGAGACACAUGCACUACAUGCGCGGUUGUUGGACCUUUCGCAAGCGUUCUUCUUUGGCGAGUGUCGAAGCGGUGCCAAGAGGGUCCGCAGCGCAGCCGGGGUCAAACGCCGGCGGCGGGUCGUCGGCCGCCGCGGGUCGACCCGCGCGCCGCAUCUGUAUGCGGGGCCAGCAGACGGCAAAAAUCUCGCGCACCCGCUCUGUAUCGACAACUUUACCAUAGCCCGCACUAGCGAAGAUCAUCUGAUAGUUCGUAGCGUUUUCGUAGCGGUGCGCUACGAAUGCUCACCGCGCUCACUUGCGGGUCACUGGCACUACUCGGCCACUGCACUCGGCUUGCUUAGAUACUUC